GUUCAAAUGACGUGCAGACAAAUGCAGAGAAUACACGAGCCGUGUUAGAGAGAAGACACAACACGCACAACGUCCGGCAUCGCGGGGACAACAACGAUGUCAACCCUUACUGGCGUUGCUUAGCGUUAGCUCAGCGGCUAGUGUGCGCUAACAGCUGCUAGCUAAACUGCGGCGCUGCAAGGCAACAAUGAGUGAUCAUGGAAGCCCGAGGCGAUGAAGAGGUUGGAGACGACAUCCGGUCAUCUAACGCUCGUGUUCGUCCCUCCGAGUCCAGGGAUGAGCGGUCCACUGAGUCUCCGGAACACGUGGAUGUGGAUGAAGAGGGUUCGUUCGUCCACUCCACGACUCUGACCAACAAGCAGCGUGGGAACGAGGUCACGGUGCGCCCCGCCACGUUAGACUCUCUGUCCAUCCACCAGUUGGCGGCUCAAGGCGACGUUUCACAAGUGGCUGCACACCUGACUAGAGACAGUUCGCUGCUGAGCCAACAGGACGAGCGCGGCUUCACGCCGCUCAUGUGGGCCGCGGCCUUCGGAGAGAAAGCGGCGCUGGAUUUUCUCCUGGAAAAGGGGGCGGACCCCAAAACAAUUGCGAGGGAGCGAGAGAGCGCCCUGACGCUGGCCAGCUCCGGAGGUUACGUGGAUAUUGUCGAGUCUCUUCUCAGACACGGAGUGGACAUUGACACCUAUGACUGGAACGGUGGAACGCCUCUCCUUUACGCCGUCCGAGGGAACCACAUCAAAUGUGUAGAGGCCCUGUUAGCCAAAGGGGCAGACAUGACCAUUGAGUCGGAUUCUGGGUACAGCCCGAUGGCCUUGGCUGUUGCCCUCGGACACAAAAAGAUUCAGAAAGUGCUGGAGGACCACAUCCUGAAACUGUACAAGGCACCAACGUGACACUAGCUGAAAGGCGGAGGUAGGGGGGUGGGUGGGGGGGCAGUAGGAUCUACAACCAGGCAACAGGACCCCAGCCCCAAUAACAAUGCAUUGUAAUACACAUACAUGCAUACCGUAUGCAGACACUGAACCUGGGGAAACCUUUCCAUUUGUAUGCUUUCCAUUCUUUGUAUUACUAUGUACUGAAAAAUUUUAAGGACCAAAACACAAUAUUGUGCAGCAGUUUUUAUUUGGCUGAAAGACAAAGUUUUAAUAAAAACUUAUUUUUAUA